AUGGAAUUUGUAGGCUUUAAUGCCAAAACUUUUCACAAUUUCUUCGCAACUGUGGAUGUAAAAUCGGAUUCCUCUGAUUGGUAUUUCUCAGGAAAAAUCAUUUUACGUAGAAACAAUUUGAAAGAAAUAAAAAGAUCAAAAAAGGGUAGUGGUGUUACCCUACUCAAAAAGAUAAAUGAAUAUAAUGACGGUAUAAAUUGUUAUAUACCAAGCGAUGGAUACUGCUUUGUAAAGUGCUUAAAUUAUGUUUUGAACAAAGAUUACACAAAAGAAUUUCAAGAUUUCAUCAACAGUUUUUCAAAAUCAAACAGAAAAGGAGUUAUGACAACUGCUAGAAUCUGUGAAUUCAAUAAGAAAUUUAAUACUAAUUUUCAAAUUUAUAUGCCCAAACAUAGACAUUUUCAACCAAAGAAAGUAUCCGAGGAAUUAGAUUGGGUAUUUUACUUACAUAAAUCACAUUUCUGUCUCAUUAAAAGAAAUAACAAAACCUUAGGCAUUAAAGAAAUAGAAGAUAAUUACGAUGAAAAUGUAUGGAGAACUUGUAGAGAUGAUAAUGCGGAAACUGGUUUCUGUUCAGAUGUUUUAACAUUGGUCGAUAUUCAAGAAAUAGUUAAAGCCAGUGGACGAAUUAUUAGAAUAUUAGAUGGUAUAGUAUACGAAGAAAAUUUUAAAACUCCACCAUAUAGAGAUUAUAUCUUAAUUUUGAGAGAUCUAAGAAAUAAAUAUAAACGAGAAGGUAAUAUCGUAGGUAGUAAUUGCAUGAAAUUAUUAGGUAAUUCAUUGUAUGGUAAAUCUAUUCAGAAGGAUAUAACUACAUCGAGACAUCUAUGGAGUGAAGCAACUUUAAAAACCAACUUCGAUUCACAUGUCAAAAGCUUUCCUAAAGUAAAUGAGACUCAAUAUAUCGUUGAGAUAAAUGAAGAAGAAAAAGAAUUAGACUGUACACCUCCUAAAUCUACACGACUAACACCUAGUCAUUUGGGGUCAUUCGUAUUAUCUCACAGUAAAAAGAUAGCUUGCCAGGCAAGGUAA